AUGUCGCGCUGCAACCUGCCGCGAGGUCCGGAGGCCUCUCUGAUCCGAGUAGCGGGCGCUGGAUUUCGACUUUCCUUGCUUCUCAAUGCAGCUGCUUGUCAGUUGGCGCAAUCGAGGAUCGAAAUCCACAGUAUCGCAAAGGGCAUAUCUUUGUUCGCUUUAACCAUCAAGCAGCAUGGACAGCUCCUGGAAGGAAUCGAUCUCGACCACACCGCGGACGCAAUGGCAAAAGCGCAGGAAAUUGCCAACCAGGGACAGCGAGUGUUUUUGGAGAUUGAGCACAUGCUGGACAAACUGCAAGGCACAGACACCAAUGAGGACUUGAGACAGAUUCCAGUGCAAGAAAGGUUGAAGUGGUGCUUUCGGAAACAACAUGUCACUUACCUGCUUGCCCAUUUGGAAUCUCUCAAAUUGAGCCUGAUUGUGAUGAGCCGCGUCCUGCAACUAGGGGCGACAUUACAGUCAACGAGAAAUGCGAUGAGUCGGAUACCUAUGCCAUCUGCAGCAAACGAUGUCAUCUCCCAGGAGAAAGCUGAGACGCAGAAUAUGAUCAUUGUCCGAUACUGGUCCCUGAAACGCCUCGAUCGACUGUGGGAUCUUGUGGCUCAAGAGGCCAUUGACGCUGCAAACGAUCCCAUUAAUCGAAAGAUCAUGGCAAAUUAUGCCUCCGAUGCGUCCUUGACCAUGGGACCAUUACUUUCGGCAGCUCAAGGUUCAAAUCCGAACAAGCUGACACCAGUGACAUUCGGCGACAGUGACAAAAGCCUGGCGAAUUUGGAGCGAUCGCCCAAAGACAUGGUUCAGCUCUCAGAGUGCGCCAUGAAUCAGUUGUUGGUCGACUGGGUUCCCAACUUACACCCAGGCUUCAUGGAUCAGGUCAAAGAAGCGUCGUCAAAUCAUUCCAGACACAGUUCAUCGCGCGCCUACAUCUCGUCCGAUGGCGAAGACGAAGAUUCAGACGGUUCAGGCUGGGAUGGUCAUCACUAUCAGGGUUACUACUUGGAGGGCACCACACACGACUGGCGGAAGCCGCAUUCACAAGAAGCCCGAGAACGAGCGGCCAAACUACGUCGACAGUACGCUGAUUAUCAGGCCCACGUUGAAAGUGAUCCGGAGGAUCAUCAAUCCUAUCGUCGAAAAGGUCUCUCUGAGGAACCUCGGAGCAUCGGUUACAGCGACGAUGAUGAGCAAAGAGCCUCUCGGAAGCAGCCUUCCAAGAGGAAAACCACUAUCCAGGAUCCGAGUACAGCCUCCAAGUACCCCCCAAGCACCGCAUCUGAUCGUGGGCCCCCAUCAUGGAGCGGGGGCUAUCCACCGGCUCAGCCACCGGCUCAAUCGACGCCUCGCACGCCGGUUCCUCCUCAAAACCUGUCCAGACCGCCCACUCAAUCAUCUCGCUAUUUUCCACCGCCGGACUUUAGCAGAGCUACACCGCGAGCUAUACCAACAGUCCAGCCCAAUUCAUCUGUGGGCAACAUGCGCAUGCCUUCACCGAGACCUACCCCGCCGAGUCCAUACGAUACCCCUUGGACAGCGAACCAGCAGAACUUCAAUCCCAAUCUAUUACAACCACGCGCUCACCCUACCACACUGUCCACCUCGUCACCAGAACCCACUGUUCGAUUCCGAUCUUCGCCGCCUCGCUCCGCGCCACGGUCGCAUCGCAAAUCAUCCAAAGAGGAGGCAAGGGAGCGACACAAGGAAAUCACUCGUAGCGCGACUCGAGGGUUGGUUGGCAUAGGCGCAAUUGCAGGGUUUAUGGAUGCCCUAGAAGCGUUUUCAUUAUUAUGA